AUGAAUCGGCCCAUUCAGGUGAAACCUGCUGACAGUGAGGGCAGAGGAGGUAAGCCCCCCCCCCUACACAGGAAGCUGUUUGUCGGUAUGCUGGGGAAACAGCAGUCUGAUGAGGACGUGAGGAAGAUGUUUGAGCCUUUCGGUGGCAUUGAUGAGUGUACUGUACUGAGAGGACCUGACGGAACUAGUAAAGGUUGUGCAUUUGUGAAGUUUCAGAGUCAUGCGGAGGCACAAGCAGCAAUUAACAGUCUCCACGGGAGCCGCACACUGCCAGGGGCCUCGUCCAGUCUGGUGGUGAAGUUUGCGGACACGGAGAAGGAGCGAGGUUUGAGGCGGAUGCAGCAGGUGGCCUCACAGCUCGGCAUCUUCAGCCCCAUGACCCUCAACCUCGGAGCUUAUAACGCCUACACGCAGGCCCUGGUCCAGCAGCAAGCUUUGGUGGCCCAGUCAGCGUACCUGUCGCCCGUGGCAACAGUUGCCGCUGUGCAGAUGCAGCAAAUGGCCGCUCUCAAUGCCAAUGGCAUCAUUGCCACGCCCAUUACUCCCAUCACCCCCUCCUCGGGUACAAAUACUCCGCCCACUAUUGCAGCAACGCCAGUGCCAGCCCUGCCUCCACCGAUCGCUGUCAAUGGUUACAGCACAGUGACAGCGCCAACCAAUGGGCAGCCAGCAUCUGAGACAAUAUACACCAAUGGCGUUCACCCAUACCAAGCCCAGAGUCCAGCAGCAGCAUUGGAUCCCCUACAACAGGCUUAUGCCGGCAUGCAGCAUUACACAGGUAACUCUAAGUGUCCAGCAUACCCCGCCGCAUAUGGAUUGGUUGGCCAGCCGUUUCCACAGCAACCAACCCUGGUUGCCCAGCAACCCCAGCAGCCCCAGCAACAGCAGCAGCGAGAAGGACCAGAGGGCUGUAAUAUCUUCAUCUAUCACUUACCUCAGGAGUUUACUGACUCAGAGAUGCUUCAGAUGUUUCUGCCCUUUGGCUUUGUGAGUUUCGAUAACCCAGCCAGUGCGCAGACGGCCAUCCAGGCCAUGAACGGUUUUCAGAUCGGCAUGAAGAGGCUGAAAGUGCAGCUGAAGAGACCGAAAGACGCCAACAGACCUUACUGA